AUGAUGAUGGCUGAUGAUCGUGUCGAACGCCUGUCUACACGGCUGGAAUCCCAGCCAAUUUUGAGGAGAAGAUUCAGGAAAGGAUUGGAUUGGAUCAAAACGCCUCCUGAAGCCCUUGGCGACAAUACUUUGCUUACAACCAAUGCCUUGAACUUGAACUUCAGCUCCCUGCGAGAAACCAUCCAAUGGAUGUCCACCCCGAAGAUCUCGGUAAAGACCCUGGAGCCCGAGGUCAAGUCGCUCUUCAAGAAGAUGAACCACGUGCCGGAGGAGAAAAGGCAACCUUGGAUUGAUGCCUGGUCCAUAAGGACCAUGGUCAGCUUUGCUUUGAAACGGCAGAGAGAUUCGGAAGAGAAUGUUCGCAAGCUGUUCAAGAUCAUCAAGCGCCGACGAAAGGAGUGGGCCAGAGCUGCAAGCAGGAAUCGACUUCAGGAGGAGGAAGAUGAGCAGGAAGAGGAAUCCGGGGAGGAUGAGAAUGAACCAGAGGAGGCAGAAGAUGAUCAUGAGGAUAAGAAGGGUGAGGGCAAGGGGCCCGCACACGGGGCCGCAGAUGACAAGGAGCAGGAAGAGGAUUCUGCCGGGGAGGGGGAAGGAGAGGAGGAGGAAGAUGUUGAUGCUCACGAUGCGAUUGUGGAACUGCCCGGUAGUGGUGGAAGUAGCAGCUAUGGAAUGCAACAGAAACGUGAUAAGCUCGCCGAAAUCAAUGCCCAGAUCGCAGAACUACGAAAAUCUUUGAUCGGGUACUUGGUUUCAGAGCCGAUCGUGACUGCCCAGGAGCAGAAUGCUUUGCGAGCACUGAAACGUCCUGCUAAGCGGGGACCCAAGGGCCAGGGGAAAGGAUGCAAGGGCAAGGACGGGGAAAAGGCAGAGGACGUGGGCGAGGCCGUGCUGAGGAUGUGCCAGCAGCUCCACCAGCUGCUGAGGAUGCAGGUGCCGUGGUGCCAGCAGAUCCAGCAGAUGCUGAGGAUACAGGUGCGAAUCCGCCGCCGGCAGCGGCUGCAGAUGGAGAAGCCCGUGAGCUGGGAUGCCCAAGGUGCCGGUGGAGCCGUGGAGGCUGCCUCACGUGCCGGAAUCCCAGCUACGUGUAUCGAGGAGUCCGUGGACGGCCACGAACCCGCAGCAGAGCUUGCUUUGGCAGAGCUGAAAGUCAAGGCCGAGCAGAUCCGCAGAGGUUGGUCGUCUCAGGAAGAUGCUGCCCUGGCGGCUCCUGUGCUUCCAGAAGUUGCUAGCACGGCUCCCCCAGCAGCCGGUGAUGAGCAGCAACACGCAAACGAUGAACACGAGGGUUGCCAUGAUGACUUAGCAGCAGAAACCGAGGCAAACCAGGAAAGCACUGCCACAGCAACAGCAGCAACCGAGGCAAACCAGGAAAGCACUGCCACAGCAACAGCAGCAACCGAUGCAGACCAGGAAAGCACUGCCACAGCAACAGCAGCAACCGAUGCAGACCAGGAAUGCACUGACUCACCAGCAGCAGCAACCAAUGCAGACCUGGACGACACGGAGCUCCGGGAACUCCUCCACAAAGCCAGCUUCGAAGUGAAGGUGGCAGAUGAGGAUAUGGAUGGCAUAAAUGAUCCAUACUGGGAGCGAACCUUGCAGGUUUCGAAUGAUGUGGCCGACAAGUGGAAGUGUACGAAAGCUAGGAAGCAGCUGCUAGUGGCUCUUAUCACAUGCAGUGGCGACAAAGAUGCUUUCAAUCACCGGAUGGAGAUCCUCAUCUCCAGCACGAAGGAAGGGAAAGUUGUGAUCAACAGCGGUAAGUCGCUCGACCCACUAUCUGAAUGCUGCCACGGUCUGCCAAGGGAGAGAAUCGCCGCCGUCGUCAAGUACUGCACGAAGAACCGUCAGCGAAAGAAGAGAGACAAAUACCAGCCCGAUAUCAAGGAGUAUUGGGUUGAUACUUCUACGGUCGGCAGCCUCAGCACGAGCCACAAGGAACAGUUCAAUCAGUACAUCGAGAUCUUGGAUCCCGAUUGCAGCAUGCCUGUCCCGCUUCUCGAGAAUUCCCCGAAGCCUGACUACGAACGGGAGACCAUUGUGGGGCAAUCCGAAAAGCUGAUGGCGAUCCAUGAUGAGCUUGCUGAGGUUAAAUCUGAGACCCUUGACAAAAUCUCAGCGAACUCGUUGGAGCUGAACAAGUUGACGAGUCGGUUUACGAUGGAGGAGAAGAAGCUGAAACGGACGAUUCUCCGCAGCAAGUCCAAGAAAAACGUCAGGGCCAAGGCUGAUGGUGAUGACGAGGACGAUGAAAGUGAUGAUGAGCCGGUGAAAGGAUCCGUAAUGGAUCCGAUUAGCUCUGAAGCCUGGGGCCUCAACAUGAAACGAGACGAAAAAAUCAAGAGCCUGCUCACUUUGUCGUAUCGUGCCAAGAAGCCGCCGAAGGAUGACAAACCUGGAGCUGCUUCCACUGCCUUGCAGAAAGCUCGGGGAUCAGGGGUAAACGACAAGCUGCUCUGCAAUAUCGCUGCGGGCUUUAUGGACGAGUGCCGUGAUGCCGACCCUGAUAUUGCAAACGAGCUUGCAAGCUCUGGUUUACUUUCUGACCUACGACGGCAAUCUAAGACAGGCCAUGAGAACGAAUCUGGUAAAGUCUUUCAGAAGCGAGGCUUGGCUCUUCCUGUACCAUUGACAUAUAUUGAUUUGGGCAAGGAAAAGCAGCAUCCUGUGCUGAAGAUAUCAGACAUGCUACAAGUUUUGGCUGAUAAGAAGAAGCUACAGCUUUUCUGGGGUAGCACGAGACUGAAAACCCGAUCAGCAAACCUCAAAGAAUUCUGGAGUCGUUAUCGCCAUCAAGAUGCUGGACAUGCCAUAUUCGAGCAGCACAACGAUCGUCUCGACAAGGUGUUGCCAGUGCAGAUCCAUGCAGAUGAGGGCGAGACGCUCAAGAAGAGUGGUGUGAUGAUCAUCAACUUUCAGUCUCCUAUGGGGUUUGGAAUCAGCACUUCUGACGACGUUGACGAUGCCAUGGGUUUGAAUUACACCGGUAAUACAUAUUCCACUCGGUUUCUGUAUACGGUGUGCACGAAACGUUCUUACAGUAAGAAGAACAAGUUCGUGUUGGAUUCGAUUCUGGAAUCGUUGGCCGAUGAACUGAGAGACCUCUUCUACAAUGGUAUCUCGGUUCAAUGUGGCAAGGAGAAGAUGAUCAUGUACGUGGCUACACUUGGGCUCAAAGGCGACUGGCCGGUGCAAGCUCGAAUUGGCCACUUAACACGUCACUUCUCCAAGAAGGGAGUUUACAAGACUUCGAACAAAAGUGGUUUCUGCCAUCUUUGUCGAGCCGGGGAAACCAACUAUCCCCCGUAUGACUACUCCCGGAAUGCCGCUUGGAGAUCUUCAUACCUGAAGGAGCUGAUGCACAGGUUCGACGUCUUCCACACUUGUCACAAGGGUGUGUUCGCUGAGCUGGCUGGCAGUGGACUUGUUGUCCUUACAGAUUAUGGACUCGUGGGAGAUGGCAACUUUCAAGUUCAGCUUGAUGCGAUAUAUGAGCUUUUGGCCUCCCACUGCAAGACAAAGAACAUACCUCUUCAUAUGGAUGGUUUGACGAGGAACCUCCUGGCUUUCAAGGGUGACUAUCAGUUUCCCGUGGGGUCCUGGUUCAAAGGGGCCGACACCAGAGCGGUCUGCUCGUUUUUGCAAAGCUACUUCGAAAGUCAUGUGGCUCAGCUUGCAGCCCCGGACCCGUACUUGCAAAAUAUUUUGGCGGCACUUCGUUCGGCGAACCAGUUCCUCGAAACAUUGUACUCUUCGGGGCUAUGGCUGUCGCGAGAUCGGUGCCACAGAGCGGCCCAAGCAGGAUUGGCUUUCAUGAAGAGCUUUCUGGAGAUAGCUCACUCUGCCCAUCGGCAGGGCAAAACACGAUUUAAGCUUACUCCGAAACUACAUGCAUUUCUGCACAUGACCGAAGCCCUGGCACACGCCUACGAGACAAAUCGGGUGUGGACCUGGAGUCCACUCGCUGAUGCUUGCCAAAUGGACGAAGACUGGAUAGGAAGAAUUGCCUUCCUGACGACUACCGUCAACAGGCGGACUGUCCACAAGCAGACACUUAACAAGUACCUUGUGAAUGCGGCGAGGCAUCUGCUUGGAGAAGGGUGA